AUGGAUCACGGCACAAGCCCCUUCUGGCGCCUCAAGUAUCUGCCCCAAGCUGUGCUGGUCACGCCUGCAAAAACCGUGGGCAGCGCCAACGUCUUCAAGGGGGAGGAACUCUUCGAAGAUGUGCAGCAUGCCUUCCCGGUCUGCCCAUGCGCCACGAAGUACCCCCUCAAUGUCCACACCCUCGACGACCAGGGCAGGGAGACAGUCCUCAGGGUGCGAUGUCGCAACGUCCCUCUCGGAGACGCCUAUGCUGUCACGGACUUCUUCGUCCAGGGGUGCAGUUUCAAGGAUGACUGCUGGACCGUCGACCUCUGCCCACCGCCAACUGGCAUCAAGUGUGCAUGCCUCUUUGUCAUCCUCAUGCGCUACAAGUCCAUGGACCAUAUCCGCCUCCUGCACCCACUCUACAACAACACCUAUGAGAAGGCACAGGUCAUCAAGGCGUUCACCAAAGCAGCCACCAUCCACCCGGACCUCGACACAGAAAGCAAACUCCAGACCGCUGCUGCACAAUGUACCCGGGAACAACACACAGCACUCUUCCAGGAAGCACAGCGACUCGUCGACAGCUGGACCGCGAACCGCCCACCACACAACUGCGACCGUGACAGACUGGGACUGUACUCAUGCAUCAUGGGGAUGCGACACGGCCCCAUGUAUGCACUACACUGGCCUGGAGUCGAAGCUACGGUCCCCUUCACGGCGCGCCGCGGUAUUCGUAUCUGGUUUGAUGUGGGACCGAUCGCCGAGAUGGCCGAUGUCGGUGCAUGCACUGACGAUGGCCAGGCUUUUGGCAGACGGGUGUGGUGCAGCCUGCAGGGACCGCGUUUGGUGAUAUGUGCCCAUGUGUGUCAAGCGGGGAACGUGAGGCCCGUUGUGGUGCUGUUGAAGAUGGGCAGGGCUAUACCUGGACAGCUGGUUAUGGUGCUCUUCGUUAUGGCCGGUUCCACAAGGUUCCAGUACCCGCCCCCAAUCCCCAAUCUUUGCAACCGUACCGAGACAGAGAAUUCAGCAAUCGCCACCAUUCCAGCGUGCGAAACUUGA